UGUGCAAAGCGAUCCGCACGCACGCGCACGCACGCGCGUGCACGUCUCCCGGAGGAAUCACGGAGCCUUUCGCCACAACCACAGUCUGAACCACCACCACCACCGACAGCUACAACCGCAACAUCAUCCAUCAUCAAAUACUAAGUCCACGUGAGCCAGAGACGAACAGCAGCUGCAGCAGCAGCAGCAACAGAGCGGGAUGAAGACGUGAACAGCAUCGGGCAUCUCUCUCUCUCUCGCUCCCGACAACAGCGGCGCUUCAGUGUGGUGGGGACCGCGGCUCUCAUCACCAAAUCCCGGGAUACGUUAUUAUCAUCAACAACAACGAAGACGUUGUUGUUGUCCUUCCUGGUCGCCAUCAUCAUCAUCAGCAUCGUCGUCGUCGUCAUCAUCGCGCUGUGUUGAGCAAACGGAGGCAGGUGGCGGUGCCUGGAGACGAGGUGAAUACGGGACGAGGACGAGGAGGAGAUUUGAAAGGGUGGUUGGCAGCGGCGGCGGUGGUGGUGGUGGAGGCCCUUGCCAGUGCCAUGGGCUGCUCGCUGAGCGCCGAGGAGCGCGCCGCGGCCCAGCGCUCGCGUCUCAUCGACCGCGGACUCAAGGACGCGCGGCACCGCUCGGCACGGGAGGUCAAGCUGCUGCUCCUGGGUGCUGGUGAGUCUGGGAAGAGCACCAUCGUCAAGCAGAUGAAGAUCAUCCACGAGGCUGGCUACUCGCCUGAGGAGUGCCGCCAGUACGCCGCCGUGGUGUUCAGCAACACCAUCCAGUCCAUCGUGGCCAUCGUGCGAGCUAUGGCCAGCCUCAAGGUGUCGUUCGCUGACCCGGCCUGCGCGGAGGACGCUAGGAGGCUGCUGGCGCUGGUGGAUGCGCAGGAGGAGGGCGUCUUGUCGCCGGAGUUGGCGGCCGUGGUGCAGCGGCUGUGGGCGGACCCUGGCGUGCAGGCAUGCUUCGGCCGCUCUCGCGAGUACCAGCUCAACGACUCCGCCGCUUACUACCUGAACGACGUGGCUCGGAUCUCGCGGGCCGACUACGUGCCCACUCAGCAGGACGUGCUGCGCACGCGCGUCAAGACCACGGGCAUCGUGGAGACACACUUCAUCUUCAAGAGCCUGCACUUCAAGAUGUUUGACGUCGGUGGCCAGCGGUCCGAGCGUAAGAAGUGGAUCCACUGCUUCGAGGGCGUCACCGCCAUCAUCUUCUGCGUGGCUCUCAGCGCCUACGACUUGGUCCUGGCAGAGGACGAAGAGAUGAACCGCAUGCACGAGAGCAUGAAGCUGUUCGACAGCAUUUGCAACAACAAGUGGUUCACGGACACCUCCAUCAUCCUCUUCCUCAACAAGAAGGACCUGUUCAAGGAGAAGAUCAAGAACAACCCCAUCACCACUUGCUUCCCCGAGUACACGGGAGGGAACUCGUUCCACGAGACAUCCUCCUACAUCCAGGCGCAGUUUGAGAACCUGAACCGGCGGAGCGACAGCAAGGAGGUGUACACGCACCUGACGUGCGCUACCGACACGCAGAACGUGCAGUUCGUGUUCGACGCCGUCACUGACGUCAUCAUCAAGAACAACCUCAAGGACUGUGGCCUCGUGUGAUGGUGCUACGGCUACCCCCCCCCCCCCCCCCGGGGCAGGGCGCGGAGCGUGGGUGCCGACGCUCAACCGCACACGACGGAGACGAUGACGCCGAUCGCAAACGCACACGUGUCACAUCGUUGCCCCGCCAACGUUCCUGUCGCCUUCUGCCGCUGGACUCAUCGCUCAUGCUGUGGUUGGAUUCCCAGGGAGUCGUGGCUUCCCGUUCCUCACCCCCCCCCCGAUGGAAAUGAAGUUGAAGAUGCAACUCAAAAUAAGAUAUUGCUCUCUCGUCUUGUGGAUACUCAACCCAGGCUGUGGGUUCCAAGAGUGGCGUCAGGGUGACGUCGCGGGAGUGCCACAUCGCCGCCCUGUACCGUGAUCGUGAAUCCUUUGUUUCCCUCCCUGCUCAUUAACGAAGCUUCGAAGUUGUGUCACGCAGCUUCGGGCACACGCAAUCACGCGAGCGUCUGCUGCAACAGCCGCUUGUUCGUUGGGCAAAAGCAAAUACGAGCAGAACUCCUCUGUUCUGUGCCUCCACACAUGAACAAAAUAAUAAGCAGGCCCAUCUGACUAUUGGCUCUCUCGACCAAACAUCAUCAAGCAUUUUUCGCUUAAACAGGCAAACUGCACCGGCCUCGACCUUCUUGGUCUCAUCAGCAGAGUCAGGCUUGUUGAACAUAUGCUGAUGGAUUACCAGAUUUCCAUUGGAAAAUGAGCAUUCCAUAUAAAAUAUGGGACCCCCCCCCCCACAUAUUUCAAUGCAAAAAGCAAUGCCGUGCACUGCUAAGAUGGUAGAGGCACCGAUUGCAUUUCUGCUUUACAUUUGUUUCUGCCCGUAAUGUUUCCAUAGCAAAGCAUGAUGAGGUGGCUUUCUUUGGGCGGCGUGUUCUUUCCGUGAGGCUAUUUCUAACUGGUGUGUGUGUGUGUGGCGUGGAAUUGUAAUCGCAUGAGUGUGGCCCGGGCGGGCGGGCGGGCGGGCGGGCGUCCCCCCACUCCCAUCGUUCACGCUCAGGGGUCCACCCAUUGAAGUGGCUCAAGCUGGCGCUGAGAGAGGCUCGCGAGAGAAAUUACAAGUGACAAAUUGCGCACGCACACACAAGGCGCCAGACUUCGGGCCACGCAACGUGUGGGUACAACCUAGAAAACGCAUCGCAGAGCCGUACAGCGACACAGAAUUGGCUAUGCCUCUCCCAGUUGUCGGCACCGAUCUGCCCUUGGCCUCGUAGAGAUAUCGCCUCUUGAUUGCAUUUUACGCGCCCCCGGCACAGUCGGCACGGGUAAUUGUCGAAUGCGUGCUGCUGCUGCUGCUCUUGGCGAUGUUCUCACGGUGAGAGAUUCAUCACAAGCCCCCCCCGCCCCAACCCCACCCCCCUUCGCAAAUUAUGGUGGACGGGAAUUUCUGAAACCGCAGCCGUACCGGCGAAAGCGGGACGGCGGUCGGUGACCAUAACGGAAUAAGACGGAAACCUGACGCACGCGGCGGUGCGCCCGCUUAUCUCGCUGCACCAUGCUGCCAACCCGGUGACCCGAUUUCCAUUCCCGCUCACGACCGGUAGCAGUGGCGAAUGUUUGCACCAGUCCUGGGUGUGUCCCUCCCCCCCCCCCCCCGAGGUCAAUUCAGGCCUCGUAUACUCUCUGUAUGUUGAACUUUUUUCACACCGUACGUGGCCAAGCGUGCGAAUUGGUAGUGCCAGGGGAAUUACAACAAGCUAAACACCAGAGGCAGUUUCGAAAAGAAAAGAGUACCUGGUGUGGUGUGUAUAAUAUUAGCACUGGGGAGACAAAGGCGACCGGGCGUGGUGUUGGCCACCCACCCCCUCGUGUGCUGGGGCCGGCCUUCAUAGGUGCUCGCUAACAGCACUUGCCCCAACAGUCUGUUAAAAGCUACACUGGGAUAAAACAUGUAAAAUACCACCCCCUCUUCCCCUCUCUUCUCAUGAGAUGAGGCCAGAGCCCAAUGGGUAUUGUUUUAGACUGGUGUCCUGGAUUCAUAACCCACUCUGGAGUUUUUUUUUUGUAAUGUAACGUUUGCAUCUCAUGAUUCUAACAAGUACAAAAUAAUUAAUUGGUAUUUGGUAACAUAGUUGUAACACUUAUAAAAUAAAUAACCAAAUAUGUAUUUUUUGAUGUGCCAAUAUCGCCCUCAAUAAAGUCGGCAUCAGUGCACGUUAGCGGUGCUGGUGGGGGGGGGGGGGUCACAGAGCAACAGGGAUGAGAAAAUAAACUCGUCACGACCUCGGCGUUGAACAUCGACUGAGAGCAGAGUAAAUUGUAACGAAUCGCAUGGUAAAUUAAAAGUAAAGCGAGACUGUUUUUACUUAACGAUUUUAUUUUGUGGGAAGGCAAGUCUUAAAAGGUGUGUCUUGCACAGACCACGGAAUUUAUAGACACAUCAGUAAUGACUGAAUAACGUCGUGAACAUUGCAGUCUGCGUCAGUGUUUAUGUUCAACGACAAGGAAUGUACUUGGGAAGCAGUACGGAGGAGGAGGAGGAGAUGGGAAGUGUGAGCCAGUGGUCGUUAAAGAGGUCGGAUUCUUGGCCGGGUCCGUUGCUUCGGCUGCGGGGAAGAGAUGAGACCUGCGGUCACCGCCAGUGUUGAAGUGUCCGAGUCCGGGGCCCCACGUUUAACGAGAGCAUUCCUUAAGAUUAAUGACGUCGAUGUCGCCAUGGUGGCGAGAUGUUAACUACCUCGCCUGGUAUGCAGGAGGUUGUGAGUUCGAUCCCGACCCUGACUCCUGUAUAUUUGGAGUUUGCUUGUUCUCCCCGUGGUCGCGUGGAUUUUUAUCCGGGGUCCUCUGGUUUUUCCCUCCACAUUUAGACUCAACAUGCGUUUAGAGAGGCGCUUCUCUAAAUUCCACAUGAUAAGCCACUUCAUUCAGCGAUCACUUGUGGUCAGGUCGCUUCUGGAAAAUAGCUGUAUAGCUCAGUGGGCCUUACCUGAUAAAAUAAAAAAUAAUUGUAUUUUUAGUUCAACAGAGGAGGAAUUUUAAAACUACACACUCUCCUGAAGCCCUUUCUUUGCUGUUAGCAGACCUCAACAUUGGUAUUUAGCUCCCGAAUCAUAUUGCCAUCAGGCGCGAGAAUAUAAUUAAUUAAAAUGCAAGUUGCAUCUUUAAACAUAUCAGAUACCUGGUAAAAAAUAAUGAAAGCUAGGAGUAGAGCGGAAUGGAGUGUGAUAAACGCUAGCUAAUGAACAGUUGCUAAUUUUAAGAUGGCAAUUAUACGAUUGCUGCACCAUUAUAUUUUUUUUCCCGUAAUUUUCCUCCAAUCUGAUCCCGACUGGGCUAUUGGCAUCACGAGAGACGAAAAAUCCAUUCGGAUCUCUCGCAGUGCAUUUCAGCCCUUCGUGGGGUGGAAUGGCCCCACAAAAGAGGGCAUUGCGGUGCAACCUCAGAGAUUCCCAUCCAGUGACUACUGAACGCACAAAUAGAGGGGGGGAAGCAUUGUCCCACUCGCUCUGCAUACGAGAGUGAGGAUCGUUGAAUAAGAGUGAAACCGAUGUUGUAAUUUUAGCUCGGAGCUCGGAUUUAGUGGAAUUGCUUCACCGUUAUUAAUGUCACAGCAAAUGCAGUUGCAUAACAUUGCUUUAUUUACUCAGUUUGUAGUUGUGUUUUAACUACUGUAACCCUACGUCUUUUUUAUUACUCGAGGAGGACCAAAUUAGGUGAGUUUUAAGAGAGCAAUAGAGUAAGUAGGUUUACACUAUGAGACCUCCUUUACCAGUGGCAAAAUAUAGUAAUAGGUUUUACCCUUUCAACUGGUACAAAAACUGACACCUUUAUACAAGGCAUCAUGUUUGCAAUAACCACAACACAAGCAGUCAAAAUUCAAGGACAGUGCAUAUCAUUAUCAUCAUUAGAGUUGUUUCUUUUUGUUUGCAUUUUGACUGCUUGUGUUGUGGUUAUUGCAAACAUGAUGCCUUGUAUAAAGGUGUCAGUUUUUGUACCAGUUGAAAGGGUAAAAACCUAUUCCUAGUAAGUAGGUUGUUGACAUCUGCAUUUUUGGAGUGUUGGGAUUUUUUCCGGGUACUUCACUCUCUUCCGACGCACAAAACAAUUGACUAGCCAAUCAAAGCAGGUCCCUCUCGAAAGAGUCCUGAGACUCGUUGAGGCUUUGCUUAGAAAAUAAUGGUUUUUAUUAACCCCCACGUAAAAAAAUAAAAGCACACUGAAGAGUCAUCCGGAGAGCACUUGUCUUCAUGAGUUCGUGGUGUCACGAUUCGCACCCUUGACUCGCACUCCAGAGGUCGCCGGUUCACUUUGAACUCCCGACGCAAAGUCAAAACAAUGGGGCAGGUUUCUCAAUUUCUACCUCCUGUCCCAACGUCCCCCCACCGCCACCUCUAUCCAUCCUUUUACACUAUAAAUGGUAGCACCACAGUUGGUCGAUGGGCAGAUUGCGAGUGGUGGGUAUACAUUGUGGGGGUUUUCCCACCUCCGUGAAGGUGGAAGAGUGGACAAAAAUAUCCUACACGGAGGGCCUCUCUAGCACAGGCCCAUCCACCAGCAGUGACGUGAGCCAGCAAUUGCAGGGCUACACCUUUACCUUGUAGACCAGGCGUGAGCUCCAGAGUGCUGGUGCUGGUUGCCAAGGCUGGCACUGUUUUCAGCAUCAGCGGCUUUUUCCGCGGGAUAACAGUGGGUGGCAUUGUUUACUCGCGUACCAAUUCACUGCGUAGUUUAUAGUCGAGUCAAAGCUGCGUGUGACAGAUUCAAAUCUUGGGGAGAUUGCUUAAUGAGGCCACGAAGAAAAUCUUUUGUCUCUCACCCUUCGUCUUUGAGAUGGGAGGGCAGGAGAGACAUCCCUACCCCGCUGCUGUGAGCACUGUGCGUGCAUCGAGCUUCGUGCAGGUUGCUUUACCCGUCGCUGAGACGUGCGUUGUGCGAGUUCGCGCUGAGCGUAAUUGAGCCGUCUCGUCCGUGUUGAUGUAUUAGGCCCUCCCUGUUCAGAUUUUUUUUUUUCUCCGGCUGGUUGCAGACGUUAAACGCCUACAGUGAUUUAUUACCCUUUCGCGUCCUCGUCGUCAUGUAUGCGUGUGUAAUAAUCCUUCUGAGACGGCUUCGGAAUCGGUCCUUUUUAUUUCCACUUCCACAAUACACUUUACUCACACACUCUCCGUUGCUGGCAGACAACGGAGAGAGGGCAGACUUCACACCAAGUCCCCACCGCGCACGUGGCACCCAGAGCCCCCGUACGCGCGUGGCUCUUGCUCUUGUAGUUCCCCAGUCUGCUCUCGAUCGUUCUCUCUCUCUCUUAAUCCCUUCGUCACGUGGUACCCCCCAGCCAAUCCUCCGUAGACAGCAUUGACCGUUCUCGAUGGUUCCCUGUCAAUCCCGGGACCACGCCUCUGAUCCGGCUCCCCAUUAGCUGGGGCCCCGAAUGGCCAGGCCAUUCCCCCCUGCUAACAUGCCGCGAUCACGCAGAGGCCAUGUUCCCUGUCUCAACCCUUAUUGGCUACAAAGCAGGACCGGCAAGCCAAUCUCCACGUGAACCCUCUAUGGCUGUUAUUACACAUGCAUGUACGUUGAACUUCUUUCGCACCGUACGUCGCCAACCGUGCUAAUUGGAGGUGCGGGGGAAGGACAACAAACUAAACACAAAAAGCAAUUCUAAAGAUAUGGGUUUUCAAUCCAGAUUUAAAAAUGUAUAGUUCCAGUAGUUUCUUAAUGUCGGAAGGAAGAGCGUUCCAGACGGCCGCAGAAGCAUAUCUGAAAGCGCACGAUGCAGUAACCGUCUUUGUUCGAUGGCUUGCCAAAAUCCGCUGCGAGGAUGACCGGAGUUCCCGUGAUGGUUUAUGCUCUUCCAGCCCUGGUCAAUUCACUGCUGGAUGAAGGCCAACCCCACAAGCCCGCCGCCAUCUCUCACGAUCGUGCAGUGUUAACAAUCCACCCAGCGCCUGCGCAUGAGCUAAUCUCGUCAUUUCGUCUCCACGGUGGACGUCUCCUGGGACGCGUUCCAUUUCCUUGGCUGCCCCCUCAUCAUGAUUCUCGACCGUGUUGGCCCGUCAUCCCUUCUGCCAAAAUGUCUUGCCCCAAGCCCACUCAUUCUUAACGUUUUGCGGGUGUAAAUGGAUAACCCGUUCUAAAUGGAUAACCGACGAUAACCAUUUGUCAACUUCGGCGGUGGACGCAUUUACCCACCAGUCUCUGCACUGGGCAGUGCACAACGGUGCAGUGAUGGCAUUAUUGACGGGUUAUCAAAUAAUAAUAAUAAUACAGUAAUAAUAAUGUCAACCUGUGAUGUGCCGCACGACGUUCGCUAAGUCUCAUAGAAUGAGAGGACGACUCUGGAGGCGCAGGGAAACCACAGACACGCGGGAAGGCGGCCACGCGAUGAGCUGGCACAAACGAUUGCCAAAGCUCUGCGGUCCUCGAUAUUUUAAGGCGUUAACAGCUAAUUCAUGAGCGUUUACAUGAUGGAGGAAGCCGGAGAGUCCCUGGGGAAAAGCCACGCGUGCGAGGGGGAAACGCUCUAUCCCAUACAGACGAAAAAAGGGAGUUUCACCUUUUUUUUAAAUCCUUUAUAUUAAGUUCACUUGCUUGCUUACGACCGUGCAAAUCUUUCGGUCGUUUUUUAACCCACUUCCCAUGAUCCAAUCGAGCUGACAUUUUGCACACAGACUCGUUGUGCGUGACAAUUAAUUUUCCUUAAAAAAAUUUCCAAAAUUUUACACUGUUUAGGGGAAAAAAAUUACACAUUUAAUUACCAAUUGCUUAAUGGUGGCAGACAAUCUGACCCAUAGGUGGCAGCCAUCUCAAGCCAGAGGACGAGAGGACUCUAGCCGCCACGCAUAUAAAGGAUUUAGUGAAAAACUUAGUUUUUACUGGUUAAUUUUUCAGUGUCGCGUUCUCCUUGCGAGCCACGGUACGGCACCUCCUCGACGCCCAGGGGAAGGGAGUUUCACAACAUUUUCGCGAUUCACCAACCCUCGCCUCCACAAGCAUGCACAGCCUCCACCGACCGGAUAAUAUUUAUAUUUAAAUUAUAUUUCAACUUGCUUCACCAGUUAUUGCGGAGUUGAUCAUUUGUGAUUCUGCCCCCCUGAACUCGAGAAGUCAGUUUCCACCCAACCUGACCCCCAAACUCCUCCGUGCUUCCUCUUUGUCGCCAUUCUACGUUCAUCAAUCCUGCCUGUCCACGUGCCAAUUAUUACAAAAGUGCGUCGGUUUGCGUGUGCCUGCCAAUGCAAUGGAUAAGACAAAAAAAUAAUAAUCAGUAUCUGAAAAAAAUCCAUCCCUUGUGUGGAAUUUUAACUCCAGCAGAGGGUUGGAUCUGCCCAAUCCGAGCCGUGUCCACGCGUACCUGUAGAGGCAGAUUGCAUUGGGUUGAGGCGUGCUGCCGAUAUGCGUUCUAAAGUGGCUCAUUUAACUCUCAUCAAUUUUGUACACGGUUAACUUAGAUUUGUUUUUCUACAUUUGUUGCGUGUCUACAAUUGCUGUUUAUUUUAGGAUACUAUUACGGUCGUUUCUAACGCCAGCGUGAAUUUUCAAUUAACAUUCACAUGCUGGUGUUUGUUGUUGUUGUAUGCGUUUGCUGUGUGGUGCCACAAAGUGUGCUGCAGCUAUAACGUAGCAGGUAUGAUCCCGAGUAACGUAUUGUACACUGAUUAUUUGGUGAUGCCGCCGCCGCCGCUUGCGUUGGCAGCGGUGCACAAGCACAAAUUGACAAUGCAAAACAAACCCAAUACAUUCAUCAAUAACAUUGUGACCGUGAAAGAAACAAAUAUAAUAGGGGACAUUUCAUGUAUUUGUGUAGAUGUUCAACUUUUUUCGCACCGUACGUAGCCAACCAUGCUAAUCGGAGGUGCGGGGGAAAGACACAAAUCUAAAAUCAUGUGCUGUGUAUGUGUAUUCUUUUAAGGCCACGGUGUUAUUGACGAAUGCGUGAAGAUGUGUUUUUUUGCGCGAGUCGUAUACUGCGCAGGAGGCUUGGGGCAGCGUUUGGAUUUCAUCGUUUGCAUAUCGGCCACGUAUACGCAUCCCUUAUCGGCGCCUUGCCAGUUAGAGCACGGUAAGGCCCUGCACAGAUUGCGCGUGUUUGGACGCGCCAGUGAUGUAGGCUGAGAUGGUGGGUUAUGAUGCUGCUGCUGCUUGCAUUUUUUAUGUUUCUUAACAGUUUUAAGGCGAUAUUAAAUAGACGAGGGAAUGUGCAAGAGUUUGUUUUGUCGUUGUUACCAUAAAGUUAAGCAAUACUUAUUCAAGAGGUACUGUUGUAAAAGCUUGACGUAACAUACUCCUUGGAAGUUGGUGUACAUUUUGAGUAUUAUUGCUGUGUUUGAUUGACUUGUUUCCCAGUGAGCUAAUUGCAGUGCCAGUGGUGCAUUUCUGCUCAUUUGUAUAUGCGACAUGCUUUGAGACUCCUCGUUACAAAAUACUUUCAAACGCAAUGCUGAGAAUACAUUGCUGCAAGAAUGAAGAUGAUCUUGCAGACGGCUAUAGCAGUCACUUCAAGCAUAUAUAUUCAUUUGAAUGAUUCCAUCACUCGCAGUUUACAUUUUUUUAACCUUUUAAAGUUACAACUCUAUAAGCAUGUCUUAAAUGUUUUAUCGGCGUAGUGUUUCUGCACUUUUGCUCCAUUUGCAUUCCCUAUAUUUUGGGGGCUCUUGCUUCCUUAUUUGAGGUUUUUCUUAUUCUUUCAUCUUUUCAUUUUGCCAGGUUCAGGGAGUCGUGUCAAUCGGGUCUCGCCUGAUUACAUGUUUUUUUUUAGUUACUGAGAUCAAACCCUCUCUGCGGGCUUUAUUACAAGUCCAAUUCCACAAUGAUGUCUGCACGGAGUCUCAAACCCAUGGUGGUCGUAUUUUGCCAGAUGCUGCCAUCAGCCUUUAUUUCUUUAUUUAGGCUCCCACACUGCAUUAUGAGUUUUUUGCUGAAAUUAUCAUCGAGUCGGGGGCAUCUUCCAUUUACAUCCCUGAGCCAUCGGUGCAAACUCCCCUCUCCUGUGGCACGGACGAGUCUAACCGUAGGACAACUCCUGUUGACUUCCCCACAAAGUGGUACCUAUUCUCUCGACCCCGAGGGGGGGGGGGGAUGAUGGGCCGAGUCAACCCCACCCAUAAAAAAACUGGAUUUGAACCUCGCAACAUUCCGAUUUGAGAGCCGCUCGCUCUACCGCCGGAGCCACCCGGCACUGAUUUAACUGUGCCUGAGUGCGAGUGUCCGGCAAGUCGUGUCCACGAAACCGUUCGUCGUUCGUGGGGCCGUGUCUUUUCUCCCUCCGCUGAUUCCCUCGUCGCGUCGUCCACCUGUGCGGCCCCGCGUCAUCACCGUCGUGCCGUCGUGCCGCCGCCGCCACCUCGGUGAAGUUAUAUUUUUACACCCGUUUUUUUUUCUUUUGAUGUGGCUCAAUUUUUUUUAUUGGAACGGUAAACAAGUGUUUUGAGGUCCACGCUGGCCCGUCUCCGCUGACCCUCUCUCUGUGUGUGUGUGUGUGUGAACCCAGUGUGACCCGAAGCUGUGUGACUCACCGUGCCUUUGGUGUUUAGAUGUCACCCAAACGACAAACGGCACUGAUGCAUAGUUACCGCUGUCGGUAAAAGCCCGCGUGUGUGUGGUUAGCGCGGAAUUUAGUCGUGCAAGCGGUUAGUGCGAUGUGCUACGAACCCGGCGAUCCGUGUUUUGAUACUCGCUCACGGUCCAACAGCGGUGACCAUUAUCUGAAUCGGUCCUGGGUCCUAGCCUAAGUCGACUCAGCCUUAAAUGAAUACCUGGUGCGGUGUGUAAACAUCAGGCCCUGGAAAGACAAAAGGCAGCCUGCCCUUGGGCUUCCAGGAAUACUGUGCCAGGCGUGUGAAGACCAGUCCUGGGAACACAAAGAUGAUCGAGUCCAACGUUGGCCACACCACCUCCUCGUGUGCUGUGCUGGCUUUGAGGCGCUUGCUAACAGUUAUUCCCCCCAAUAGUCUGUAAGGCUACACAGGGGAUCAAUUGUUUUGUGUUUGUGGGUUUAAACUACAGCAGUAAAGUGACAAUUGCAAGGUUUGUUUGUGACCAUUAAUUGGAUUUUGUUCAAAUGUUUGCAUAAAUGACACUCACAUUUAUACAUUUUUUGAGGAAUUCCAAAGUCUGCCAAAAUCUCUUGGGUUUUCCCCCGUAACAUUUAGAAGUGUAUUUGAAAAGGCAUAAAUCUGCAUUAUGAACUUAGACUGAUCCCCUUUUCAAGGCUGCCUCAAGGAUAUUAAAACCAUAAACAAUCUUCUAUUUAAAUCCCUAGCAAGAUCUUGAAUCUUUGCCGAGUUUCCUUAAGGAAAGAAACGGAAAUAUUCGACAUCAUAAAAAAAAUUCCGUGCACUCUACAUGAAUCAAAUACAGAAGAUGCAUUAUCUCGGUGCAGCCACCAGUUCGUUGUGAUCAGACCACGGUCACGCCACUGCUGGAUGAAGGCCUCUCCAGGCUGCCACCCACCCACCUCUCAGUCUUGCCACUGGUUGCACAGCCACAACCAGUGGCAGGCCAGGGGUUCCUGGAGGCCUGGGGCAAAAUACCACGGAUUGCAGCUCCCACAGGCCUGGUGUGGGCUGACUGCCCUCUUUGUGCGAGGCCGAUUUACCCCCAAGCCCCCUCCCCGGGGCCUCACAACAGAGGGCAGGCUCCUGGGCCACCGCUGAGGAGGGUGCAACAGGCUCAUUCGCCGGAACUUCCUGCGCCAAGUGGAACUGGUGAAGCUACGUUCAUUGGUAGAUUGCACGUAAUUACCACACGCAGAUGAGUGUGUAGAAAUUACACACCGCCCCUCCCCUCCCAUCUUGCCUCGUCAAUUGUCUGAUUUGAGCCGUGCACAAACCCGACUGCGAGGUGAAUAGAUCGUUCUGAUGAGCAAUAGUACCUAAUUUCAGCCGGAACGCUGCUGCAGUAAUUAUUUUGUCACACUUCAUUAAUCUAUUAUUAUUUUUUCCUUAUAGGAACGUAAGGGACAGUAAUAAAAAAAUGGACGGGCGUGCUUUG